GUUCCACCACACCAACUGAUUCAUUAAACCCGAUUACUUACGGGUUUGUCAACUCUCACACCUAAUAUAUCUUCUCCUUGUCAUCCGUAGCACCUUACCUUACAUAUCUCAUUACUGAUAUUCCAACCCAAAUCUCUGCUGGCUAGUUUAAAGCUGAACUCAAAAUUUUCAUUUCUAGCCAUUUGAUGAUAGCAUAAAUGAGAAUUUCAAAAAUUUCAGCAGGAAAUUCAGAUUAUCGUAUCUGGGUUCUUGGUUUUGCAGUGAGUGUAAUUGCAUUGAUGGCAGUGUGGCAAUCUUGGUUUAACGAUGAGGUUUCAAUUCCAAGUAAUGAAGAUUUUCAAGUUACAGUUACAAGUAAUAUCAUCCCUUCAAAAGGGCAUGGUUUUCCUCCUGUUCUUGCUUACUGGAUUUGUGGUACUAAAGGGGAUGGUAAAAGAAUGCUAAGACUGUUGAAAGCAAUUUAUCAUCCAAGAAAUCAGUAUCUAUUGCAGUUGGAUGCUGAUUCAUUUGACUAUGAAAGGGCAGAGUUACUUGUUUCAAUCCAAUCGGAAACUCUAUUUAGAGCUUUUGGAAAUGUUAAUGUUGUUGGAAGAAAUUAUGGUAUUAACAAGGUGGGAUCUUCUGCUCUUGCUGCAAUACUGCAUGCUGCUGCCUUGUUUCUCAAGCUAAAUAAAGAUUGGGAUUGGUUUAUUAAUUUAAGCCCAGUUGAUUACCCACUAAUGACUCAAGAUGAUCUCCUCCAUGCUAUCGGUUCCUUACCAAAAGAUCUCAACUUCAUAAAAUAUCAUUCAAGCCAAUCAGAAUGGAAAGAGAGGCGUAGUGUAGACCAAAUUGUUAUAGAUCCUAGCUUAUAUCUUGAAAAGAGCAGUGAUCUUUUUUAUACUGUAGAGAGACGAAGACCAGACGCUUUUAAAAUCUAUGGAGGUUCACCUUGGGUAAUUCUUACAAGAGGUAUCAUGGAGUAUUGUGUUCAAGGAUGGGACAACCUGCCUAGAAAACUAGUAAUGUAUUUCAGCAAUGUAGCAUACCCAAUCGAAUCCUAUUUCCAUACAGUUUUAUGCAACUCUCCAGAGUUAAAAAACAAAACAAUAAACACUGAUUUAAGCUACAAUGUUGCGGAGGAGUCUGAUUAUGAGAAGAUAGUAGUAUCCAGUGGAGAAGCUGCAUUUGCCAGACCAUUUAAAGAAGGUGAUUUAGUAUUAAAUAAGAUUGAUAAUGACAUCUUAAAUCGCCCACUUAAUGGAGUUGUGCCUGGGAAUUGGUGCUUAGGCCAAGCUAUAACUAUGAAUUAUACAGAGGAGAAGAAGACAACAGAGAGUUGGAAUUUAUGUGAAACAUGGGGCAAUGUUGAUGCUGUCAAGCCAGGCACUAGUGGUGUCAAUCUUGCAGUUUUUUUGUCUAAUCUACAAAUUGAUGCCAACAGUCACUGCCAUCCAGAGUAGUAAAAAACUCUGCAAGAUUUUCCUAUACACUGGUGUAAACUUUUUUACACUAAUGAAGAGCAUAUUUUUCUUUACCCAA